AUGAACCUUGGAGGACCUUCGGAAACGGUCUGUGCGAAAUAUCAAGCCGGGUACACCCCAGAGUCCGGUGUCAUCAAGCCAUUAUCUUUAGGACAUAUCGAACUCUUAAAGAACUCUCAGGCUAAAUCCCUAAUAAAAAUCCCGGAACUUAUCACGUUUCCUUGCGCUCUGGGUAAUGAUGGAACUGCUCUAAAACCUGCAAUUGAAUUCGAUUCUCGGCUUAAAGAGAACGUUGGGCUAAAAAUACCCGUUGACAUCAAUUAUCUGAAAGCAAAUCCAUCACCUUCUCCCGACCGUCUGAAAGAGAAUAUUGUGACAGAGGCAAUUGUCUCGUCGUUAACCUCUUUAGAUAACUUCUGCUCUCUUCCUAUGGCAGUAGACUAUGUUACACAAAGUGGAAAAACUGGAGAGACUAUGACAAGCAUGUUUGAAGAGCACAUUAAAACUCUGCAAUUAUGCGAAUCAUGCCAGAAGCGAGCACCACAUCAGCGUCAUAUUAUUACUUCUCAAGCAAUCAACUGCUGUAGUUUUUGUGACGUUUGCUACCAAUCAAAGACGGUGUGUGAGGAAUGCAGUUUACAAGGACAAGUCAGUCAUGUUCCAUCCUUGCGAUUUUGUGACUCUUGCCAUGACAACAAUUCUGUUUGUGUUCGUCGGGUUGUGAUGAUCGUUUGUAGCGAUUGUGAAUCAGGCAACAAAACAGCCUUUGAAAUUAUAAAGGCCAAACUUGACGCAGGUAAUGAAGACCCUGAAUUGGCGUUUUUGUCUAUUUUGCCAGAUUGUCCACAUGUUGGAAAAAGUAUGAAAGCAGCCUUUUCCAAUUGGUGGCUGAAAUGUAGAAAUGAGCGAAUAAACCUGGCUGCGAUUAGAACAUUAAGAAAUCGUUCGGACAAAGCCACGAGAGAUAAAUUCAGAAAGCUCAUUCCGAAGAAUGACCACGUAAAGAAUAAAGAUCGACAAGACCCAUCCGCUGUGCUUACCUUGACCAACAAAAAAGUUUACUGA